UGCGACGCCCUCUCUUCUCUCUCGCUCUCUGAGAAAUCUGGAAAGGGUUUUUUGAUUUCCCAGAAAAAAAGAGUAAAGAUUUUCGACAAUGGAGUGCCAAACUAAAAUCGACGUUGCCCUGGACGCGAAGGAGCUCCAUGCGUCGUCAGGCCUACACAGUGUCUUCGUUUAUGUGCAGAGCGAAAUUGAGGAAUCUGUCAAAUACCCAGAUGGCCGCGAAAACAAGAUCGGGAUUUAUCCGAAUUCCUCCACCCAAUUCGUCAAAUUCGAUCUUCGUAGCUCCGAUUCCGGCGACAUCUACCAGCUCCUCUGCGAUGAUCUUCGAGAUCCCCCGAUGUGCGAAUACCUAGCCCCGCAGAUCGCUGAUUCGGUUGCGGAGAUGAGUUCCAGUUGCGAAAGCUUCUUCGUCUUCGUGGAAGUGAAGUUGACGGAAGAGAGAACCUUCUCCGUGUCGGAAUCCGAUGUCUGCUGUAUCUGUCUGGAGAGAUUUGGGGAUUCGGGCAAGUAUCUGAGCGAUUUGCCAUGUUCUCAUGUCUUUCACCGUCUCUGUCUCGACCAGUGGCUCGUCCGGAGAAACUCUUGCCCGUUGUGCCGACGGCCGUGUGUCUGAUCAGUGACAGUAUUCAGUUUUCUUUUUCUUUUUUUUUUGGUUAGGGUUAGUUCCAGUUUAUACAAUAGCUGAAAAUUUUGAGAUUCAAUAGAAACAAGGACGAGUCUUUUGAGAUUCUAUAACAAAAUUACUGUUCUGAUUUCUAGUC